AUGGCGCUUCCUCCCCUUCUCGCUGCGAUGACGACCCAAGCUGCUCGGACACUCGCCAUGAUCAAGGCGAACAGCCACUCCUCAAAGCUAGCGCUUGCCAGCAAGUCCGAUGUUCUCGGCUGCGUAUUGCUUUUGCUUUCCGCUAUCACCUUGUUUGCAGCGAUUAUGUCACAACUUCACGAGCUUGAUGUCGCGCGACGAGCACAGAAGGAUUUCUCGCUGUCACCGUUCGAUAGGGCCUCGUUCAGCGGCUCCUCUUCCAAGCGCAUCGGCGACAUGCAAAUGGUUCUCUGUGCGCAAAGUUACCAAGUAACCUCUCAAACGGCCUUCACCUCCGCAGAGUCGGCAUUCUCCGCGAGGAAAACGAAGCUCGACGCCAUCCAGGGUCUCAUUGACAUGGUCCAGCGCUUCAAGACUGCCGAGGGCCUCAAGAUCAAGAAGAUUCGCGUGGGAGUUGCGGCAUAUGAGCGAAGGACGCAGGCGGCGGUCACCUCAGUUUGGCAGAGCCUCGAGCACAACUCGAAGCUUGAAGGUCAUCUGAGGUCUGGCCUUGUCGCGCAUUACCCUUGGGCAUUAUCACAGUACGAGUCGAGCUAUCAGCACCUGGUUGACUUGAGGGAGGACCUUGUGAGCUUGGGAGACGCUAUAGAGAGCUUGGAGGAAGAGCAUGCUCAGCUUGUCUCCCAACUAUCCGAAGAUAUACGUGCAUUUAAUCACUCCACCUCCCUCGAAAACCCCUUAUAG